CAGUGCAAUAGCCUAUGCUAGCUGUUUACUUUUAGCUGUUAGCUAUUAUGAGUCUGUUUUGCUAACGGCAUAAGACCAUGCUUUUGGGGGGGGAUACUCCACUAAUCUGAACGCCAUUAAAGGGCUGCUGCCAUCAUAACAAGUGACUUGACUGGGCAGGGGACGGCAGGUACGGCAGGUACGGCAGGGCCUAAUGGCUCUCCUGACGCAGCUCGGACUGCUCCUCUGGAAGAACUUCACACUACGCAAGAGGCAGAAGGUGAGGCUGGUGGUGGAGGUGGUAUGGCCUCUAUUCCUCUUCUUCAUCCUGGUCGGGGUCAGGUCCACUAACCAUCCCAUCUACAAGGGCCAGUGUUACUACCCCAACAAAGCGAUGCCUUCUGCUGGAGUGUUGCCAUGGUUGCAAGGCAUCAUGUGUAACCUUGACAACCCCUGCGUCAACUUCCCCACACCUGGCGAGACCCCUGGUCAAGUCAACAAUUUCAACUCAUCCAUAAUCGCGGGCAUACUAAUCCAACUCCAGAAUCUUCUGGCUUCUGGACUGUCACCGGCCAAGGUCAAACAGCUUGCGGACGACCUUGACCAAUGGACAAUAGUCCUUCAGGACGCCGACCCCGACAACGGUCAAGCGUUGGCUCUGAGGAGUCUGCUGCGAGAUGAUGAAAGCUUCACCGCUUACCUGAGAGACGAGCUGGCUGUACCUCCAUCUGUUCUCCCCCGUUUACUGCAGACGGGUGUACGCCUCAAUACGGUCCCUCAGCUGUCCAGGGAAACGGACCUGAGGUCGGCGCUCUGCAGCGGUCCUGAGCUGGGUCGGUACCUGGAGUUUGGCUCGGAGGCGGACCGGGUCACCUUCCAGAACCUCACCUGCUCCCUGUCAGACGCCCAGCUGCAGCGGACCAGGCAGGUGUUCCAACAGAACCUGGACCCCAGAAAGCUCCUGCAAAGUCUCCCCUCAGCCCUGGGCCUGGACCCAGCCGAGAGCACCAGACUCUUCAGCCAGAUGCUCGUCACCCUGGCCCCUGUCAUACAGCAGUUGCGGACUACCCAGAACACUCUGUUUGACAUGACGGAUGGCAUGGACGUGGCGAACAACCCCUUUGCCAGUCUCAAUCUGGUGUUGUGUGGCCACAGGCCUGGCAUCAACCUCACGGCAAACCGCGGUGGAGACGGCGGCGGCGGCGAGAGCAGUGACGGAAACGGAACCAGUGACAGGGGUGGGGGCGGAGCCAGAGACGGAGCCAGAGACGGAGCCAGAGACGGAGCCAGAUCUCAUUCAAGGCCGACGAUGAGCGGGGAGGCCAAUCGCAACAAACAGCCAGCUGCAGGAAAUUCGAGUGACUUCUGCCAGGACCUGGUGGCCAUGCUGGAGGGGACCCCCAGUCUGAGGUACCUGUGGAGCACCUUCAGGCCGCUACUGCAGGGCAAGGUGCUGUACACACCUGACACGCCCGUCACCAGACAACUCAUGACACAGGCCAACAGCACGUUCGAUGCCCUUGCGCGGCUGAAGGAGUUGGGGGAAGCCUGGGAGGAGAAUGAGCCGCGCAUAUGGAACUUCUUCCAGAACAGCAGCCAGAUCAACACCAUCCGGACUCUGUUGCGGAACCCUAUAUUUGCGGCAAUACUGGACCAGCGUCUCGAGGGGACGGGUUUAACCGCUGCGCUCAUCGCCAACUUCCUGUACAAUGGGCCCCCGGAGGACCGGCCGGCGGGAAUGCCAGACUACGACUGGCGUAACGCCUUCAACACCACCAGCCAGAUCGUACAGCAACUCACUCAGUUCAUUGGGUGCCUGGACCUGGACAAAUUUGAGGCCUGGCCUGGAGAGGGUCAGCUGGUGGACCGUGCCCUGGAGCUGCUGGACAACCAGAGCUACUGGGCAGGAGUGGUGUUCGAAGGCCUGGACAACGGCAGCACGCUACUGCCCGCUUUCGUCAAGUACAAGAUCAGAAUGGACAUCGAGGAUGUGGAGAGGAGCAACACAAUUAAAGACAGGUCGUGGUACCCGGGUGCGAGGGAUAGCUCCUUUAACGACAUGCGCUACGUGUGGGGCGGCUUUGCCUACCUGCAGGACAUGAUCGACAGGGCCAUCGUGAAGACGCACACGGGCAACAACCAGCCACUGGGGGUGUUUGCCCAGCAGAUGCCCUACCCCUGCUUUGUGGACGAUGCGUUCCUACGCUCCCUGGCCCGAUCCUUGCCCCUGUACAUGACACUGGCCUGGAUCUACUCGGUGGCCAUGUUUGUCAAGGGCAUAGUGCAGGAGAAGGAGGCGCGACUGAAGGAGACGGUGCGGAUGAUGGGUCUCCGGGGCGCCACCUACUGGCUGAGCUGGGUCAUCAGCAGCGUCAUACCGCUCAGCAUCAGCGCUCUGCUGCUCACUCUCAUCCUCAAGUACGGGAAGGUUCUGCGCUACAGCGACCCAUCGGUGAUCUUCGUGUUCCUGUUGGUGUUCUGUGUGGCCACGGUCAUGCAGUGCUUCUUCAUCAGUGUGUUUUUCAGUCGGGCAAAUCUGGCGGCCGCCUGCGGGGGCCUGAUCUACUUCGUGCUGUACCUGCCGCAUGUGCUCUGUUACGCCUGGAGAGAGGUCAUGACCUUCCCCGUGAAGAUCGCUGUGAGCCUGCUGUCGUGUGUGGCGUUCGGCUACGGGUGUGAGAACUUUGCCCGCUAUGAGGAGCAGGGUAUCGGAAUCCAGUGGAACAACAUCUGGACCAGCACGGAGGAGGGAGACCGCUACAGCUUCAUCGUCUCCAUAGUGAUGAUGCUGGUGGAUGCCCUCAUCUAUUGGAUACUCACCUGGUACAUAGAAAACGUCUACCCAGGUCAGUAUGGCAUUCCAAAGCCAUGGUACUUCCCUUUCACCCGAUCCUAUUGGCUGGGGACCGCCCCGACCUCUGACAUGAACUCAGAUUCACUCCCAGACCUGCAAGACCAAAAAGGGUACCAAGAGAAGCCUCCCCCAGACUUGAGGGCGGGGGUGUCCAUCAGGAACCUGGUGAAGGUCUACAAGACUGGCAAUAAGCUGGCGGUCGACGGCCUGAGUCUGGACUUCUUCGAGAACCAAAUCACCUCCUUCCUUGGACACAAUGGAGCGGGGAAGACAACGACAAUUUUGACGGUUGAGGAGCACAUCUAUUUCUACGCUCGUCUGAAGGGCCGCAGCAAGAAGGAGGUGGACAUGGAGCUCGACCAGAUGAUUCAGGACGUAGGUCUGCCACACAAGAGGAAGGAGCUGGCCAAAAACCUGUCCGGCGGGAUGCAAAGGAAGUUGUCGGUUGCCAUAGCGUUUGUGGGCGGCUCCAACAUCGUGAUUCUGGAUGAGCCGACGGCUGGUGUGGACCCCUAUGCACGCAGAGGGAUAUGGGAACUGCUGCUCAAGUACAAACAAGGUCGUACCAUCAUCCUGUCCACUCAUCACAUGGACGAGGCCGACAUCCUUGGCGACCGCGUGGCCAUCAUCUCCCACGGCCGCAUGUGCUGCUGUGGCUCCUCCCUCUUCCUGAAGAAGUGCUUCGGCAGCGGCUACUACCUGACGCUGGUGCGCCAGGGCAACGACAAGAUGGCCGACCAGAGGCCGCACACAGCCAAUCAGAGCCAAAGGGACUCUCAGAGUGACUCAAUGGACGACGGCAUCGGCAGCCAAAGCUCAAGUUGCUCCGAUCCUCCCGGCGUUGCGGAUGUGAGUGGGCUGAUCCGCCGCCACGUGCCCCAGGCCGUGUUCCUGGAGGGCGUUGGGCAGGAGCUGACCUACGUGCUGCCCUACGGCGGGGCAAAAGACGGCACCUUCGCCCUCCUCUUCAAGGAGCUGGACUUGGAGAUGGGCAGCUUGGCCAUCAGCACCUACGGCAUCUCCGAUACCACCCUCGAAGAGAUAUUUCUGAAAGUGGCAGAGGAAACUGGCGUGGAUGUGGAUCCACAAGCCUCAGAUGGGGAACGGAAGGGGAGGUUCAAGCGUAAAGUUGAAGACUGGGACAGUGCGGCGACCCUCAACGGCAAAGGCUCCUCUGUGAUCUCCGGCUGGAGCCUCAUCAGACGCCAGUUCCUCGCCCUCUUCAUCAAGCGCUUCCACCACGCCCGACGCAGCCGAAAAGGCCUGAUCGCCCAGAUCGUGUUGCCAGCUGUGUUUGUGUGUUUGGCCCUCAUCUUCUCCCUCAUCGUGCCUCCGUUUAGCGAGUACCCCAGUCUGGAGCUGCAGCCGUGGAUGUACGGCACACCACAGGACACCUUCAUCAGUGUGGACGAGCCCAAUGUGACGGAGGUGAUGCGGGUCGCAGAGUCCUUGCUGGAUGACCCCGGCUUUGGGACGCGCUGCAUGCCUGGAGACCCCAUACCUGAUCUGCCGUGUGAGCCUGGACAAGCCACCGCCUGGCACACCCCUCCAGUGGACCCGGCCGUCCUGGACAUCUUCCUGCAUGGCAACUGGUCCAUGGCCAACCCCUCGCCCGACUGUGAGUGCAGCACCCCCAAGCGGAGCAUCAUGCUGCCGGACUGCCCACCUGGAGCUGGAGGGCUGCCGCCACCAGAGAGGGUUCAAAACACGACGGACACCCUCCACGAUCUGACAGGAAGGAACAUGACUGACUACCUCCUGAAGACCUACGAGGAAUCCGGCAAAAACCGGUAUGGAGGAAUUUCAGUCGGAGGAGAGAACUCACAAGUCAGACUGAACGAGACGGAGAUUGCCGCCAUCUUUGAAGAUUUACGCGCCUUCUUCAACUCCUCACAGGUAAGAAAUGGGAUAUUAGAAAUAGAAUGGGAGGAUAACGUGACGGAGGAGGUGCUUGAGGACAUGGAGGUGCUCAUGAAGGAGUUUGGAACGCAGCAUAAUGUCAAGGUGUGGUUCUACAACAAAGGCUGGCAUGCCAUGGUGUCCUUCCUGAGCGUGGCCAGUAACAGCAUCCUGCGUGGUAACCUGGCAACCGACGUGGACCCCCAACUCUACGGCAUCAGCGUCUCCAACCACCCGCUCAACCUCACCAAGCAGCAGCUCUCAUACGUGGCCAUGGCGACCACCUCUACGGACGUGGUGGUGUCCAUCUGCGUGAUCUUCGCCAUGUCCUUCAUCCCGGCCAGCUUCGUCCUCUUCCUCAUCCAGGAGCGCGUCUCCAAGGCCAAGCACCUGCAGUUCGUCAGCGGCGUCAACCCCGCCGUCUACUGGGUGGCCAACUUCGCCUGGGACAUGUGCAACUACAUAGUCCCCUGUGUGAUCGUCAUUGUCAUAUUCCUGUGCUUUCAAACCAAGUCCUACGUCUCGCCUCCCAACUUACCAGCCUUGGUUCUUCUGCUGGUGCUUUAUGGGUGGUCCAUCACCCCGAUGAUGUACCCAGCAUCCUUUGUGUUCAGUGUGCCCAGCACGGCCUAUGUGGUGCUCACCUGCAUCAACCUGUUCAUUGGCAUCAACGGCAGUGUGGCAACCUUCGUCAUGGAACUGUUCGAUGAUGAGAAUGUGAGUCACAUCAAUGACAUUGUGAAGCAGGUGUUGCUGAUCUUCCCCCAUUUCUGUUUGGGACGAGGGCUCAUCGACAUGGCCAAGAACCAGGCCAUAGCCACGCUCUUUGAAAGCCUGGGUGAGGACCGCUUCCAGGACCCCUUAGGAUGGGACAUGGUGGGCAAGAACCUGUUUGCCAUGGCAGUAGAGGGCACCCUCAUGUUCACCCUAACACUCCUCAUCCAGUACAAGUUCUGCUACAAGCCAAGGUUGGUGUCUGCUGUGUCGUCAUUGGAUGAAAAGGAGGACGAGGACGUGGCUGGCGAGAGAUCCAGAGUGCACUCCGGAGGAGCUGAUGGAGACCUACUGAAGAUAUGUGACCUGAGCAAGGUGUACCCUGGCAAGAAGGUUGCAGCGGUGGACAAGAUAUGUGUUGGGGUGCCUGCAGCAGAGUGCUUUGGGCUGCUGGGUAUCAAUGGAGCUGGGAAGACGACCACCUUCAAGAUGCUGACAGGAGACAUCCCAGUGUCGGGCGGAGAGGCCUUCCUCAACGGACACAGUAUCCGUACGGAGAUGCAGGCUGUGCAUCAGAACAUGGGUUACUGUCCGCAGUUCGACGCCAUCGACGACCUGCUGACGGGAAGAGAGCACCUGGAGUUCUAUGCCCGCCUCCGCGGCGUGCCUGAGAAGGAGGUUACUACGGUGGCGGAGUGGGGCGUUCAGAAGCUGGGCCUGCUCAAGUACUCCAACAAGUCAGCCGGCACCUACAGCGGAGGCAACAAGCGCAAGCUCUCCACGGCCAUGGCCCUGAUUGGAUGCCCACCUGUAGUCUUCCUGGACGAGCCGACUACGGGUAUGGACCCCAAAGCUCGCCGCUUCCUGUGGGACUGCAUCCUCAGCGUCAUCAGACAGGGACGCUCUGUCAUCCUCACGUCACACAGCAUGGAGGAGUGUGAGGCCUUGUGUACCCGGAUGGCCAUCAUGGUGAAUGGCCAGUUCAAAUGCCUGGGCAGCAUACAGCACCUGAAGAGCAGGUUUGGAGACGGCUACACGGUGAUCGUGCGCGUGGGGGGCUCCCCCCCUGCCCUGGGCCCCGUUGAGGAGUUUGUGAGGGCCAACUUCCCCGGCAGCGUGCUGAAGGAGAAACACCACAACACCCUGCAGUACCAGCUUCCACACGGGGAGGGCGCUCUGGCCUCCAUCUUCAGCCAGUUCACCAAGCACCAGCAGAGCCUGGCCGUGGAGGACUACUCUGUCUCACAGACUACACUGGACCAGGUACGGUUGCAUUUUUCAAGAGAUCAGCGCAUGUCCCACACGGAGGUCCAUUUGUGCCUGAACCAUUUAACCUAUAAACUUCAUUCAAAGACUGUUAGAGAGAUCACAUGCAUGACUCUGAUCUGUGAAAAGGACACGUGCCAACUCCUUUUAGUUUUUUUACAACGACCGUGUAAAGACAAAACACUGGGUCUGAUUCUGUUCCCUGCUAAGACCACAAUACUAACUGUCAUUCAGUCAAUCAGAACAGGUGCUGUCAAUAAAGGGGUUCCAUUUCAACUGUCACUGUCUCAAGAUUCUAUUCUUAACGAGCAGGUGCGAGCAACCAUUCUAGAAGUCUAUUGUUCAGCUCUUCAAUGCAAUGUGAUAUAGUCUUGCUGGACUGUGUAUGACAGCUAGCUGCUUGGCUUAAUGGGAAUGCAUGCUGCUGGAUUAGAGAUAUGGAGG